AUGGUAGAGUUCGCCAUUAACAACUCGGUGCAUGCGUCCACGACACAUACACCGUUUUACGUGAAUGGCUUGCGCCAUCCGCGUGUAUCCACCUUACUAGAGUGUAACUUGGGUUUAAGGGGGGGAGGGACUCGCGCGAGCAAAAACCGAUUUGGUUCACGCUCAUCACGCUCUGACGAAGAGGUCAUUGCGUUUGACACCGAUAUCGAUAACAUCGAUAUCGAAGAAGAUGAUGCCAGUGAGAGUGCGGAAGCCCUCACUGAAGAAAAGGUUGAUGUCACUGCAGUGCACUCACAGCGCACUGAAGCUAACGAGUCAUCAGAUGAGUUCAUACUGGCUCGUGAAACGGUAGUCCGUUUUGUGCAAGACUCCAUCGCCGAAGCGGUGGAUAAGCAAUAG